CGAAACGAAGGUAUAGUCAUCACUCCGCUAACAACCCAGGAAGCCGGUUAGUGCCACAAGAAGUGCCAUCGUAGAAUUCGCGGCAGAGGACCAAAUCGACUCUUGUGAAGAUGGCCGGAGAAAUGACGAUACUGGGUUCUGCUAUUUUGACUCUUUUGUUAGCUGGAUACCUAGCCCAACAGUAUUUGCCCAUGCCCACACCAAAAGUAAUCGGAGUUGAUCUUGGCACUACAUACUGUUCUGUUGGUGUGUUCCUUCCUGGCACAGGACAGGUGAAAGUGAUUCCUGAUGAAAAUGGGCACAACAGCAUCCCAAGCAUAGUGUCUUUCACAGAGAAAGAUGUGUAUGUAGGUUAUGAUGGACUAGAGCUGGCCGAUUCAAACCCACAGAACACUGUGUAUGAUGCCAAAAGAUUUAUAGGGAAGAUUUUCACUCCUGAAGAACUGAGAUGGGAAAGCAGGAGAUACCCAUUUAAGAUUCUUAAUAAUGAAGGAGCUGCAGAAUUUUCCAUUGCGACAAAUGAGACAUAUAACAUAACACCAGAAUAUAUUGGUUCUCAGCUGCUCCUUAAGCUGAAGAGGAUGUCAGAGGACUACCUUGGCAUGCCCAUUUCCAAGGCAGUAAUUUCAGUACCAGCAGAAUUUGAUGAAAGACAACGAAACUAUACAAUAAAGGCAGCUAGCCUUGCAGGACUGGAAAUCCUGCGGGUAAUUAAUGAACCUACAGCUGCAGCUAUGGCAUAUGGUCUCCACAAGGCUGAUGUAUCAAAUGUUCUGGUUGUGGAUUUGGGUGGAGGAACAUUGGAUGUUUCUCUGUUGAACAAGCAAGGAGGGAUGUUUCUGACACGAGCCAUGGCAGGUAACAACAUGCUUGGAGGACAGGAUUUCAACCAGCGGCUGCUCCUCUAUCUAUAUAAUCAAGUCCAUCAGACGUACGGCUCAAUACCCACCAAAAAGGAAGAAAUACAUAGACUUAGACAAGCUGUAGAAGCUGUCAAACUGAACUUGACAGUUCACAAUUUUUCUACAAUCAGGGUACCUCUUACCAUGCCAGAGAAGAAGAACCAACAUGAACAUUUGCAGGAAGAGAAACAAGCAUAUAGCACACAAGAUGAGGAUUUAAUUGAAGAUGGCCAUUCAGUGAAAGAUAAUAUGAGGGACAGAGAAACACCGAGCAGCACUUCAAAACAAAUUCUCUUUGAAACACAAGUUUCCCGGAAACUGUUUGAGACAUUAAAUGAGGACCUUUUUGAGAAGAUCCUUGUUCCUAUAGAGCAGGUAUUGAAAGAAGGACAUCUAGACAAGUCAGAAGUAGAUGAGAUUGUAUUAGUUGGAGGUUCCACCCGUAUUCCAAGGAUACGAAAAGUUAUUAAAGAGUUCUUUGGGAAGGAACCCAACACCUCUGUUGACCCGGACCUAGCAGUGGUAAUAGGGGUGGCUAUCCAGGCAGGAAUUGUUGGGGGAUCCUGGCCUCUCCAAGUUAGUGCUGUAGAAAUUCCAAACCGACAUUUACGAAAGACAAAUUUCAACUGAGUGUCAGUGUUCUUACAUUCUAUUCUUUUUAACUAUGUAACUUAAUUCCUUUUGCAUGUUUCCGUACUAUUUCAGGUUGGAUCCUGCAGAUCUGUCCCACUAAGUAGUGCCUUUCUCCAGUGCAAGGAGCCUUUUCCUGCUGCAGCAGUCUCUUCUAGGAAAGCACCAUUAGUCAUGUAGCAGAACCAUAGGAUCCAACCUAUUUUCUCUUCUUGUCUUCAAGGGAUUGGACACUAGAAAUUGAUUAGGAUAUCUUCAGCUUUUACCGGAGCUGCAAGAGAACAUAAGUUUGUGAAGAUUUCCCCCACCCCCAAUUUUGAUAAUCAACAGAACCUCAAAGACUUCAUUACUUGAAAAUGAAAUGACAUUGUUCUGGAGUAACGGCUGAAAUAGUGUUGAAAAUGAAUCCUGGUGUUCCCCACACCAGGAGCUGGUAUUGAUUGUGAGCUGGCCUGGUGUGUAGCAGUAUUAAUGCAGAUAGCACAACUAAAGUUCAUCAUAUACAGCAUUUAAAAGCACUUUUCUCAAGAUUGUGUUCAAACUUGAAUAUACUUUGGAUAGAAGCACUUUGCUAAGAACUGAUUUGCAGAAACUACCAAAAAAUCUGUAACAGCAGGUGCUACAGAGAGGCAUUAUUAUUGGACACUUGAAGCACCCCUUUGUUAGAGACAGUACUAGUCUGUGGUUUUUCCUAUAUAAGUGUUGCCACCAGCUGUAUGUGUUCUGAUUAUAAGUUGGAAAUUGCAGACAUUGUGCGACAAUAUAUUAGCUUGCUUGAGCUGUUGGCCUUCAGUUUUGAUGGGUGAAUGCUACUGAAGUUAUUUCAUAAUAUGAAUAUCUCCUGUUUUGUUUUUACUUUUUCUGGAAAGUUGCAAUUCAAAGAGCAGCUGAUGUAACCAUUCCAUAAAAUUCCUUGAAACAGCAAGCUUAACCUAGGCUUUUGUAGAAAGUAUUGAGAAAUAUUUCCAGGGCUUCUACAAAAAUUUCUGUUAAUAAUAAUAAUACUGGUAUUUUUAAAAUACUGUUGUUAGCCUUUUGAAGUAAAUCUUUCACUGUUUACUGCUUAAUUGAGUUUGCAAUGAAAGAUUUAGGGAUUGAUCCCGUUUCCUAACAUGUCAGAGCUCACACAGUGUUAUGCUGUGAAUGCAAGCAAUAUUGAGUGUUUCUGGACAUUCAGUCACCAGGACAAAAAUAUUACAUAAACGAAAGCAAUCUGAGAUACAACGACCAGUGAUUUUCUGCAGUCACAGUGGCUGCAAAAUAUGCUAUGAUGAAAUAGUUGCAAGCACCAUCUUUCUGAUUACCCAGCUUACAUAUCAUAUGCCUCUGCAUAAAUGUGGUCAAAGAUCACCACAACAGCUUGUGUGCAGAGGGUAAAAGUAAUUCUGAAACAUGGUCCCCAAUACUCUACCCACAGCUGCCUUGGUGAUGCUUUUUCUAGUGGUAUUUGAAAGGAGUGUUUGAUAGAUGUGCACUUUUCUGAUUAGUAGCAUGAAGGAAGACCUAGGAGAAAAUUUUAAGGACAUGUAAGAAAUUGUACAAAGCGGAAGUUGUGUGAACUGCCCUGUAGAGCUGGUUCUCCUAUAGGAUCUAUAUAUGAUAUUGGUAUUAGCAGGCGCAUAAGACACACAGCCAGGAUUGAAACUGUGUGAACCGAAGGGGGCUUAGCUUUUUUAUAACAUCUUCAAACAGCAGCUCCAUAUACAGGAAAAUCAGUUUUAAAAGCAAUUCAAGGUUUCAAAAAAUUGUGGUAUAGCAUGGAUGUCAGCUGUUCAAAGUUAACAAAAUACCAACGUGCCCAUUAAGUGAGGGAAAGCAUGUCUUUAAAUUCUGAUCCUUUUCUAUCUCAUGGGAGACAGAAAAAUUAGCCAAGUCCUUAGUUUUAAAGAAACUACAAGUUUUUUAAAGUAAUGGUAUGCAGGAACACAGGAAGCCAAAUAAUAUGGAUCGGAUUGUUUGUAGGGACUGAAAGAAAAACACAGUCCAUGUAACAAUUUUUUAAAAUGUAUUUUAGAUUAAAUCUGUCAUUACCAUGGUAGUGGACAGAUUGAAAUAGAAAUAUUUUUCUCAUAAUGAGGGGAACACAUUUGCUUUCUUUAGCCCAUGAUCUUGCCAACCUGAGACCAUCUCCCCUAAAACUGGGAGAAGUGCCUCUGAACCUUAGUGUGGGUCAGGGUCACACUUUUGCUAGACUUGGCCAAAAAAAACCCUCAGCCCACUGUUAAAAAUGCUAUAUAAUGUCAUCAAUCUAACUGUAUCAAAGCAGGACUAAAUCUAGGUAAAGACCAAGUGUAAUGGAAGAAUUUUAAAUGAAAUAAAAAUUCAGCCUUAUAAAAUAAGAAUAUAAUUUGGUAUCUCAAAUUUAUAUUUUUUAGGAAUGCAGCAGUUUCUGGAGUUUUCUUCAGAUCAGAAAGGAAUUUGUGUGCAGCCUAAUGCUAAAAGUCUUAACUUGGGGUAGUAGAAACAGCAAGGCUGUUUACUGGGCAAGCAGAGCAGCUUUGGUGGUCCUCACCCUCACAGUUAAGACUCCAGUACUGCUGGUUUGCUAGCAGCGUUCUAAAUCCUAAACCUAUGAGUUGUUGUGCUGGCACAUAACUUGUAGGACUGGGUUACUUGGUCACUGUCAAGGAGCUGAGAGUCACCUGAAAAUUUAGUGUUUUGGAGAGAAGUAAAUAUUUCGGACAUUACAAUGAGGUAACUGACAAAUCACCAUAGGACCCUAUUUUUAAAACAAGGCAGUAUAGUUAGUCAAAUGGUACUCUUACUGAAACCACUAUUUUUAAAAGAGAAAACAGGCUAUUGAAUAUGCGUACAUUUAAGUUGCCUACAAGGGUUUAUAUAAAAUAAAAAGAGUUC